CACCAUGGGUAUUGUAGCAGCUAUCACAGACUUUCCAACCGUGGAUCGAAUUUUCUGGACAGCGUUCGCAAUCUGCGCCGCCCCAGUGCUUUACCGAAUCAUCUAUAAUCAAUAUUUUCACCCGCUGUCCCGAUUUCCUGGCCCAUGGUAUGCGAAAUCUUUCUCAGUAUACGGCGCUUUGGUGUCUGUGUAUGAAAGAGAGCAAGAGUUUCUCAGUUCUGUCGUCAAGAAGUAUGGCACUGAUCUUCCAAUUCGAAUCUCACCUACUAGCCUCUUCUUUCCGGGUCCUUCGGCCCUCAAAGAUAUUUAUUGGAAUCCGUCUCUCAACCACAAAACGAAACUAUACGGCACUGGCGCCCUGGGUCCGCCCCAUCUCUUUUCUACAAUUGAUGGUGAAGCACACAAACAGCUCCGCCGAGCCCUCUCGAACGCGCCAUGGACGAUUGGACAGCUGAAGAAUAGAUGGGAAUCGCGCUUCGAUACACUCAUAACGCUGUUCAUCGACAAGAUGAACGAGCACGCAUCGGCGAACCGCACCAUUUGCAUCAGCGAUAAAGUUGCACACUUCGCGGCCGAUGUCAUGAGCAUGAUCUCAUUUGGUGAACCAUUUGGCUGUGUGGCAAACCAACGGGAUGAAAAGCAGAUUCUGGAGAACUGGAGGAAAGGCCUUCCAUUCUUCGGGUUUGUCGCUAGAUGUCGUUUCUUUCGGGACGAAGUGAUGAGAAUCGGCUUUUUGGCAAGCUGGUUUCUGCCUACAUUCGAUUCAAAACAGGGGAUGGGAUGGCUGAUGGCAGAAGCCGAUCGGCAAGUAACGCAGCGAGAGAAAAGAAAUGCCGAGGAAAAGUUCAAAGGAAUGCCUGAUUUCAUGCAACACUGCGUGGAAGCACGAUAUCAGGACAACACUCCCUUGAACCCCGUGCAAAAGCGCGCACACGUCACUCUUCUCAUUCAAGCCGGUGCAGACACAACUGCAACAGCGCUUGGCUCUAUCCUGCGCUUCCUCGUUGCCACCCCUUCCUCUCUUGCGCGCUUGUCAGACGAUAUUGCCCAAGCAGAUAAAGCCGGGCUUCUCUCCACACCCAUCAAGUAUGAAGAGACGCGCCAACACUUACCUUACAUGGUCGCCGUAAUCAAAGAAGGCUUGCGACUAAACCCACCGGCCCCAAAUCUCUUCGGACGUGUGGUACCCGCGGGCGGGAAAGUGAUCGAUGGAAUCUUUAUACCUGGAGGUACCGAGGUCACGACCCAUGCCUACACCAUGCAACGCGAUACAGGGCUGUAUGGAGAAGAUGCUGAAGUUUUCAAGCCAGAACGCUGGCUCGUGAAUGAUGAGACAACGCUGGAGUAUGAGGCGAGUCAAUUCACGUUCGGAAUGGGUCCACGGGUAUGUUUGGGCAAGGAUAUUGCUAUCAUGGAAAUGUAUAAGCUGUUGCCGGAGAUUGUACGCAGAUUCGAUAUCCAGCUCGAGGCAAAGGGUACUUUUGUGGUUUCUGGUGGAGUCGCCUACAAUAAGGGGUUCUUGGGCAAGUUCAUUGCAAGAAAAUCGGAGACUUAA